CGGAAGUGUGGAGGAACAUCUAAUACCCACGAGGCGAAGACACCCAAGGAGGUGAAGAAGCGAAUCUCUCCGAAGACGGUAAGAGGUGGAGCCGCCGAAGGACGGGAAGAGGUGGAGGGCAGACAACCUUUCAGGCGGCGCUGGCCCGCAUUCGGAAGGUGUGAUGGCGAAAGCGUCUGCUGCAGGCAGUUGACCGGUACUACGGCAAGUGUGGCAGCUCACGAGAGGAAGUCGAGAUUGUUGGUCAGCGUCAACUGGCUGGUUAAUCUACCGUGGCCCGUGGGGGUGCGAGGUUGUACGUCGACAGUGGUAAUGGCGCGCAAUAUCUCACACACGCAGGAGCAGGUAACCGGGCACAAGACGUCGUUGACCUGAGUGAUGUGCCGCUUGGCAGCGGGCUUCGUUGACAAAGUCAGAUAGAAUCAGGACGAAGAGAAGGGAACUGGAGAGCCUGGAACGGGCACGGUUUACGGCGAAGUCUAUCGGCAAGUUCGAGGCGCGGUGGAACAGAAUCGAUGUGAGGCUUGGUGGAACAGAAUCGAUCGGGCGACCGGCGGCUGGUGGGUGGGCGAGACGUUUUUGUCGUUGGUGAGCGAGGCAAGGCGUCCGUCUUUGGAGUUGGUGAGCCAGGCGCGUCGACGGGAAUGUAGUAUCUCAGGCUGAGUGAGGUAGGUUGACGUGGUCUUGACGGCGCCUGCGUUUGACGCGAGUCACGACAAGGCGGAUCACAUCACAGCGGGAACGAUUUUGUGUCACCUAGGUAUCAUCGAGAGUGUCGUCGUGUGUCGUUGUGUGUACGUUUCAUAGCGUUUGUACGUAUCGUCUCGCGGGGUGGAUUUGGUGAUAGACUGCGUGACGAGGUGGGUAUUGUCCGCGGGUUUGCUGCUGUUGCGGUAGUAGGAAGCGACACGGAAGGUAUUGGACGGCGCUUUACCUAGGAAGUGCGUUUUGUGGGAGUCGGUCGGUGGGACUGUGGUUUUCCAGCCAGGAGUCAAGGGCAGGAUGGACACGACAAGUGUGGACCAGGUGAAGAAGGAGGUCAUGGAGGUGGGGAAGAGGACGAAGCACAAGCUAGAGGAAGUGGGUGCGACAAUUGCGGAGAAAGCGGAGAAGGAGCUGCCACCGCCUCUGAGUCGUUUGACCAAAUGGGUUCGUGGGAUGGGUUACAGGCAGUUGAUAUUCUUGGCGGCUGGUCUUCUGUUUUGCCUUGUCCUCUCAACCCCUCUCCUGCUUCUUUUCGGAGGGUUUCUGAUCCUUGUCACUCCUGUGAUCCUCCUCACGUCUCCCAUUUGGGUUCCGAUUGUAGUCACAGUAGCGGUCUUCACUCGUGAUUACUGGUUUCCUGCUGUGAAGUCUGGAGCUAUAAGAGCGUCCAUUGCCUUGGGGGGGGCAUUGAACAGAGUGCAAGAUGCGUUACCUCUGCCUUUGAAGAGUUUGUUUUCGGGCUAUCGCAAGCUGAGCUACAAGGCAGAGGCAGCGAUAGCCGUUGUGGUGGGUGCGGUGGUGAUGUCAAUAAUGGGCUUUCUGUUGGUGGUAGGACCUCCCACACUGUUUUUCGGCGGCGGACUACUUUUGGCUUUCUCACCCCUUCUGGUGGCGACAGUUCCACUCUGGCUUCCCGUUUUCUUAUUAGCUAUCGAUCUAGCGAAGGCCGCCAUUAGAGGCAUUGGUCUGCUGUUCACGCUAGCGACUGUGGUUUACCAAGUGUACAAGUAUUUCGUCGGGCCUGCAUCUGAAGAAGGGGACAUGGUCUCCAGCGUGGAAGGGCUUGUGCAGAUCCAGGAAACGCUCAAGCAGACCAAGCAAUAUCUCGCAGAAUCCGGUCAAAAGCAGCCGGAGUGAAUGAAUGGCGAUUAAACUACGGCCACGUAAGUCAUAACGACAUGGUAUGCAUUCGUGGAAGAAUAGGGGGUACUGAGGAUUGUAUUCUGUAGUGGAUCAUGCUGACUACAUGUCCAUGAAGUUGUAGCUCUGUGAGUGAAUAGGUGGGGUUUCAGGGCUGCGGUGGGCCGCUGCUGUUGCGUUUUGAAUGCCGAGUAGGCUGAUUGAGGUCAGAAGUAUCUCGGAACUAACUGAGAGGAGGUCACUUAGUUCAGCGAAAUGUUUGUGUAAGGAGUUUGAGAAGAACAAGAGUCAGGCAGAAGAGGCGAAGGUUACAGCCGCGGCUUCAUCUGAGCCCUCUGUUGCACUAGUGUUUUGUCGUUGUCCCCUCUGUGAACUUUCAAAGCAUAAAAUUUUUGCAGAGUGCUUUGACCGCUCGAAAGUGAUCGGGAUCUCGUGGAGUAGCGGGAUUUGUGUGCUCGGCUUAUUCGUUUGUCGACGUCUCUGACCAUGGAGGUGUAAUGACGGACAACGAACUGCGGAUCGACCUUUAAGGUGUAAUGAUGGGCAAUGAACUGCGGAUUUCGUGUAGCUGCGCUCCAUUUACUGCCAUAUGAAAGUAUCGGCUUUACUACGGAUUGCGUGUAGCUCACUCCACUCACUUCCAUCAGAGAACCAAAAGAGCAAGAGAGGCAUGCUGAUUUUGUAUUAUUUUCCUGGACAUAAUUUGGCGGUGAUUGUGGUCACCCGCGUCCCGAGAAGUUGAGUGUGAGUGCACACGAACACAGUUUCUCCGAAAGGAGCACGGAGAAGUGACAGGACGAGGAUUCAGUUAGUUGACCAGAGAUCGAGCCUUGUUGUCUGCGUUGUUUAGACACUCGUGUGCGGAGUCUCGAGAUGUAUGUCCGUUAAUGCAGUAGUAUUAGACGUUCAUGUCCGGAGUCUCGAGAGCUAUGUCCGUCGAUGUGCGUGUGUUUUUCUGUGGGUUGACGGCUGUGGGGUGUAGGAUAUGUUUUUGACGGUUUCACCCUAAGGCUUGCUGUUGCCUCCCUCAUGAGCUCUCGACGCUUCCUGUGAGAUGUGGAAUAUCUUUGUAGGUAACUCGGUGUUUGGGCUCUGGCCUGUUGCUUGAAGUUCGUUGCAGCAGGUAGCUGAAAAUCGAUUCGAGUUCGUGGAAUCGGAGGGCUGCUCUGAGUUACUACUAUCCUCCUGCCGAGUUGAGGGAAUCCUCCGAAUAUAGCGAGUUGUCUAGCAGGCUCUUGAGACCGCGUUUUGGAAGAGCUAGUAGUUGGCGGUUCGCUGAAGAUGUGUUUGUAAUUUGCCCUUUGGAGUGUAAAUUGUCCGACUUUAGAAGUCUUUGCCUCCGCGUCGGUUCAUGGUACUUUUCCUCCUGUGGCCAAGUCCCAAUUACGCUUAUUCUUUAUUUCUGGCUGUCGAUCUCUGUGAUUUACGGUCGGGAAUGAAGGAUCCGGCUAAGUGGGACUUGGUCCCUGGGAGAGCGGCGAAGAGACUUUGACAGUUGUGUUGGGCCGCAGUAUCAUUUAGAAUCGUAAUCGAUUCCCUCCUACUUAGGGCGCCACGUAGUAACUGUACAAGCAAAGAUGGUUUAGUUGGUAGCUAUAGCCUAUCGGGGUCCCGAUCAUGAUGGUCGUGUGGAGGUCGCGACCGUGUGUCGAGGUGUUCCGGGCGUGUUGCAGAAGUGGUUUCGGUCGUGUGUUGUAGAUAAAAAUGGUUUUGACCGUUCAGCGCAACUUAGAGAAUUUGUGAGGAAAUGACUAAAUACGGGUUGAUAUUAGGACCCUUCGAUGUGAAAGUGUGGAUGUGCUUCUUGCUUUCUCGACGAACGUUUGAUGAUUAAUCACACAGAGUAUAUGGUUUGCUGACUGUUUGUCAGGCCGAGGAAUCAAGGAUAUGGACAGUU